ACUGAUCAUAUAUUACCACAACAGCCAUCAAAAAACAGUUAAUUUUCUUCUUAUUAAACAAUGGCUGCUUCUACAAUGGCUCUUUCUUCCUCUACCUUCGCCGGAAAGGCAGUAAAACUCUCACCAUCUUCCUCUGAGAUCACUGGAAAUGGGAGAUUCACCAUGAGGAAGACUGCUAGCAAGGCCAAGCCUAUCUCCUCUGGCAGCCCAUGGUACGGUCCUGACCGUGUCAAGUAUUUGGGCCCAUUCUCUGGUGAAUCCCCAAGUUACUUGACUGGUGAGUUCCCUGGUGAUUACGGAUGGGACACUGCUGGACUUUCAGCUGAUCCAGAAACUUUCGCCAAGAACCGUGAGUUGGAGGUGAUCCACUGCAGAUGGGCCAUGCUCGGAGCCCUUGGUUGUGUCUUCCCUGAACUCUUGGCCCGUAAUGGUGUCAAGUUUGGUGAAGCUGUAUGGUUUAAGGCUGGAUCUCAGAUUUUCAGCGAGGGUGGACUUGACUACUUGGGCAACCCAAGUUUGGUCCAUGCACAGAGCAUCUUGGCCAUCUGGGCUUGCCAAGUUGUGUUGAUGGGAGCUGUUGAGGGUUACCGUGUUGCUGGUGGGCCACUCGGUGAGGUUGUUGACCCACUUUACCCAGGUGGUAGCUUCGACCCAUUGGGCCUUGCUGAAGAUCCAGAGGCUUUUGCUGAGCUUAAGGUGAAGGAGAUCAAGAAUGGCAGACUUGCUAUGUUCUCCAUGUUUGGAUUCUUCGUUCAGGCUAUUGUUACCGGAAAGGGUCCAUUGGAGAACCUAGCCGACCACCUUGCUGACCCAGUUAACAACAACGCCUGGGCCUUUGCCACAAACUUUGUUCCCGGAAAGUGAAUUUAACAAAAUGUUGAUCUCUAAUCUUCUAAGUAGUGUGAGAUGAGUUUUUAGCUUGUGAGAGAUGAAUCUAUAGAAGGGGUCAAUUUUUUAAGUAUUCUGGGUUAUGGGUUCAGAGAUUGUAAUGUGGUGUAAAUUGGUUUGGAUUAAUUAAUGAAGUACAUGUGAAUCUUUUCAUA